UUUAUACCUAAUAAUACGCUUCAUCCACAAGAUUCUCAUUCCCGCUCUUUAUUGCCUCUAUUGACAUGUUGGCCUAAAUCCGCACAUCGACCCGCUCCUCCUCACGAUAAUACUGACGACUUUUUGUGUUCUGGGAAGUUUCAUCCUUUGCUGUACUAUAGCGUCUCAUGUUUUCGUCCUUCCCCUUCCGUCCCUUGCGGCUAUUCGACAGAGCUAAUAAGCUUAUCGGAGGCCUGACACGACUUCCUCACGCUCAACAAUGUCAAUAUCUAAUUCGGUCGCGGACGCCCGUCGCCGUUCGCCAGGCCAGCUCGAGUGCUGCAAGCAGAGGUGUGGGAGGGUGGUCGACGUUGGCGUUGGCGUCGAUAGGGAGCGGAAUUGUAGGGUAUGCUAUUGCUACACGUCUUGAUUUGCGGUCAUCUUUCUCGCGGACGUUGGGGGACUCAGAUCCUCAGUAUGGCUCACCAAAAGACUUUGAGAAAGCUAUUGAGGAGCUCAGACUUUCAUUUGAUUCUGAAGAUGUCGUAUCUACCGAUGCGGAAGACCUCCGAAUACAUGGCUUCUCUGAGAACGACUAUCAUCCUGGUGCGCCUCAUAGUGUUGUCGUAUACCCGAGAGCCACCGAAGAUGUCGUCAAGAUCGUCAAGGUCGCUACCAAAUAUCGCAUGCCUUUGACUGCAUAUUCGGGAGGGACUAGUCUGGAGGGCAACUACCGAGGAAGUGCUGUGGGUGGAAUUUGUCUUGACAUGUCUUCCAUGAAUAAGAUACUCGAGAUACAUGAGGCAGACUCGGAUAUCGUGUGCCAACCUGGUGUAGGAUGGAUAGAGAUCAAUGACACGUUGGCGAAAAUGGGCAUACCCUUGUUCUUCCCUCUGGAUCCUGGUCCAGGCGCGACCAUUGGUGGAAUGAUGAGUACCGGAUGUUCGGGAACAAAUGCUGUUCGAUAUGGUACAGCCAAGGGAGAGUGGUUUUUGAACGCAACUAUUGUCCUUCCGUCUGGCAAAGUUAUUAAGACACGUCGACGGGCCCGAAAAUCUUCUGCAGGGUUUGAUACCACGAAGCUUUUCAUUGGUGCCGAAGGUACACUAGGGAUCAUCACAGAAGUGACCAUUCGUCUCGCUCCAGUGCUUCCUACCACAGUGGCUGUGGUGCAAUUUCCGGACGUGAAGCGGGCGACGGAAGCCGUUAUUGACGUGAUGAACAAAGGUGUCGGUAUACAAUGCGUCGAGCUGGUUGAUUCUGCCUUCAUGCGUUCGACGAAUCUAUAUGGGGCAUCAGAACGCACUUAUCCAGAAUGCGACAGCCUUUUUUUCAAGUUCCAGGGCCCGACACCUGCCUCGCUUGCAGAGACCGCAAAGAUCGUUCGCGAAAUCGUGGCUAAGCAUGGUGCGACCGGUUUCGAGCUGGCCCGCUCUGAGCGUGAGGCCAAAGAUCUUUGGGCUGAUCGUAAGAACGCCCUCUAUUCUGGAUUGGCGCUUGUGGAGGGCAGUAGGGGAUGGAGUACUGAUGUUUGCGUUCCGGUGUCAAGGCUACCACAGCUUGUAUAUGAAACGAAACUGGAUCUAGACGAGUUAGGAGUUGCUUCCACUAUAGUCGGACAUGUUGGUGAUGGAAACUUCCACGCCCUACUUCUUUUUCGUAACGACGAUGAACUAGCAGUUGCUCGAACAGCUGUGCAUAGAAUGGUAGAACGCGCGAUCGCACUUGACGGGACCUGUACUGGUGAACAUGGCGUUGGGAUUGGGAAGCGGGAGUAUCUCGAGGAAGAGUUGGGGGAGGGUACGGUGGAGCUGAUGCGGGCCAUCAAGAAGACGAUCGACCCACUUGGAUUGUUUAACCCAGGAAAGUUAUAUCCGGAUAAGAGUGCGACUUCGAGUUCCAGUAACAACUCAAAUUCAACCAAGACACAUUAAUUACGCAUACCGCAGUCGCUUUUUUGUUUAUGUUUUCUUGAACUUCUUGCAUUCUGAGACU